AUGGCUGGAGACUUGAACCUAAAGAAGUCAUGGAACCCAGCAUUGGUCAAGAACCAGACCAAGGUCUGGGAGGAAGAGCAGGCCAAGCUUGCCGAGCUCAAGAAGAUCAGAGAACGAAAUGAAGAGUUGGCGAAGGAGCAGGAGUACCUCAACUUGCUCAAGUUGCAGCACGGCGAUGAUUUCAACAACGACGACUUGAGCAAGACCGAGAAGUUAAAGCUCAACAAGUUGAACUGGAUGUACGAGGACGUACCCCACAGCUCUAAGAACGAGGCGGGCUUUAUCGAGAGAAGCGAUGAGUUUGUGGAGGGUAAAGAGAAGGUGGAGGGCAUGCUCAAAGGAAACAGAUCUUUCAGACGCAAUGAUGGCGACAGUAUAAGCAGAAUAGUUGGUGUGGGCAAGCAGAAGUCUUCUGCGGUGAUUGAAGACGAUCCUUUGAUGAAGAUACGCAGUGCCAGAUCCACCAUGGUGACCAGGGAUGCAAGAGAAAGGUCACCCGAUAGAAGUAGAGAUCAGGACAAACACAGAAGUGACAGGCAUAGGCACAGAGAUGGUCAUAGACAUAGGCAUAAACACCGGAGUGAUACGGAGAGGGAUUCUCGGAAGGACAGAGGUCUGGACUCUCGCAAACAGGAUAGCCGGAAGCAUGGCGACAAAGAACAUCGCGAUAAACACACCCACAGGAGCAACUCUGAACGAGAUAACAGUCACAAGCGCAACAGUGCGGAAAAGUCAUCGCCUAAAGAGCUGGAUACAUCUUCAAGGGCUCCUCAAGUUGCCUUACUUUACUGA